UGGUCCCACAUUCAUGUCUUCACUUUCUUCCAUGUUGGUGUUGUGGUAAAUUUUGUACUGUAAGCAUUCCUAUGGGCCCAAUGAUUCCAAAAUACAAGCAACUGUGCUGAUCUAUAUGUGGAUGUGGAUGUUAUAUAUUGAUAAGCAUAGUUUCUCAACACCAACCAUAGUCCUACACAAUGUAAUAUCUUGGAAAAUGUACUUUGUGGGAGAGGCUAUUUGUAGAUUUAUCAAUCCAUUUGACUAAAAAAGGUUAACGAUAGAAUCAAACUGGAGGACCUAGAAAUUUCUAGAGGUAUUGUCUAAGGUUUUAAAACAGUGGUUGGUUUUAUUCACAGUUUCCCCCAGUGAAUAUGAAGAGCUGACUGUAUUCCUGAGAGGACACAACCAUAGUAAUGCUCUUAACCUUUUCUAUUUUUUAAAGAUUAUUUUUAUUAGACUUUUGACUGUUCAUUCCUGAGGUAGUUUAGAAAUAUUCAGUAGUCUUGGUCCAAUUUUACCAGAUUGAUUAUUUUCAGUAGCCUCACCCCAUGGGCUUGGAUGUUGCCACCUGUAGUCAUGUGGUUUCUAUUUCCUUGCCAAUUCCUUAAAUGUCUGGCAUUUAACCACCAGCAGUCUCCUAAGGGAGGCGGAUGCAGUGAUUCAGCUGUUUUUCCUUGUGGCUGGAUAAUUUAUGUUUGAGAAGGAGAUUGGCUCCUUGCCCUUCAUUUAUUUCAUCCUUUUCAGCUCUGAAUUAUCAGAGCAAAGCCCAGGGUUGUUUUGUUUCAGAGCAUUCGGUGCAAAGGGAGCUUCUUCUUUCUUAAAGCUGCAUACUUUGCCUUUCUUUUUCUUUGACUUCAGUUACCACUCAGCAGUUCAAGAAACACUAUAUCAAGAAAACAUGAAGAUGUUGCUGCAGCACAGUUGCUGGAGAUACUUCUAUGCCUGCUGUUUCCUGAGACAUCGUCUUGCUGGCUUUUUAUUACAGUUCAGGGCAGCUAGCAAGCAAAGAAGUCAUUAGAUAUCUCUCUUUACGAAGGAACAUUUCGGACUGAUACAAAAAGACAAUAAAUUUAUUUUGAGAGACUGAAAGUUUUCACAAGAGUGCUAUACAACAGACUGAAGCAGAAGGCUUUUUCUUUUCUCCCCCUCCCCCCCUCCCAUUGACUAUCAAAUUCUUCAAAGGAAAAUGAGCAUUCAAUAAUAUCGCUUCCUCGGUUGCAAUAUGUUCACUUGGCUGGGACAUGAUGAGAGGCAAAGGAAAGACCCUGAAGUGUUCCAGACUGUGAGUGAGGGUCUCAAAAAGCUCUACCGCACCAAGCUUCUCCCUCUGGAAGAACACUAUAAAUUCCAUGAGUUUCAUUCACCUGCCUUGGAAAAUGCAGAUUUUGACAAUAAGCCCAUGGUCCUUCUUGUGGGGCAGUAUUCCACCGGGAAGACAACCUUCAUAAGGUACCUUCUUGAACAAGAUUUUCCUGGGAUGCGGAUUGGGCCUGAGCCCACCACAGACUCCUUCACUGCUGUGAUGAAGGGAGAUGUGGAAGGCAUCAUUCCUGGAAAUGCAUUGGUAGUAGAUCCCAAAAAGCCUUUUAGGAAGCUGAAUGCCUUUGGCAAUGCUUUCUUGAACAGAUUAAUAUGUGCUCAACUGCCGAACCCAGUACUGGAGAGCAUCAGCAUUAUCGAUACUCCAGGAAUCCUUUCUGGGGAGAAACAAAGAACUAGCCGAGGUUAUGAUUUUGCUGCUGUCCUGGAAUGGUUUGCAGAGAGGGUUGACCGCAUCAUUCUUCUUUUUGAUGCCCACAAGUUAGAUAUUUCAGAUGAAUUUUCAGAUGUCAUCAAAGCUCUGAAAAACCAUGAGGAUAAAAUAAGGGUAGUACUCAACAAAGCCGACCAAAUCGAGACUCAACAGCUCAUGAGAGUAUAUGGUGCUCUCAUGUGGUCUCUAGGAAAGAUUGUCAACACACCUGAAGUGCUCAGGGUCUACAUUGGGUCCUUCUGGUCACACCCAUUGCUUAUCCCGGAUAAUCGGAAGCUCUUUGAGGCUGAGGAGCAAGACCUCUUCAGAGAUAUCCAAGGCUUGCCCCGCAAUGCAGCCCUUCGAAAAUUGAAUGAUCUCAUUAAACGAGCACGGCUAGCUAAGGUUCAUGCUUACAUCAUUAGCUCACUUAAGAGAGAAAUGCCAUCAGUGUUUGGCAAAGACAAUAAGAAAAAAGAACUUGUGAAGAAUUUGAGAGUGAUCUAUGGACGAAUUGAACGGGAGCAUCAGAUUUCACCAGGAGACUUUCCCAAUCUGAAAAAGAUGCAGGAGCUGCUACAUGCUCAAGAUUUCAGCAAGUUCCAGCCAAUAAAAAUCAAGUUGCUGGAUGCCGUAGAAGAUAUGCUGGCCAAAGACAUUGCAAAGCUCAUGGUGCUGGUACGCAAGGAGGAAUCUGACAAGCCUAUCCAAACAGUGAAAGGUGGAGCUUUUGAAGGCACUCUACAAGGCCCAUUUGGACAUGGCUAUGGUGAAGGAGCAGGAGAAGGAAUUGAUGACAUAAACUGGGUGGUAGCCAGAGAUAAGCCUGUGUAUGAUGAGAUCUUCUACACGUUGUCACCUAUUGAUGGGAAAAUAACUGGUGCGAAUGCUAAGAAGGAACUGGUGAAAUCCAAGCUUCCUAACACAGUGUUAGGCAAAAUAUGGAAACUGUCUGAUAUUGAUAAGGAUGGGAUGCUGGAUGAUGAGGAGUUUGCUUUGGCCAAUCAUCUUGUAAAAAUUAAGCUAGAGGGUCAUGAGCUCCCCAGUGAACUCCCAGUUCAUCUUGUUCCACCAUCUAAAAGGAAACUAGCAGAGUGAGAAGUCACAAAACUGAAAUUUGGGAAAUGAGGGAUAUCUGUUGGAUUACAGCAGUUUUCCGAUGUGUAGAGGAACCAAAAAACUAAAUUGAGUAGCUCCUCUUUAUUAUUUUCAAUUAACUUCACUUUUGUAACUCUUUUUUCCUGAUAUGUGUUAAUAACAGAAAUUGAUGGCAAGAAUUAAGGGAAUGAAAUUGGCUGUGAUCUAUAAAUUGUUCAGAACUGUUUGAACCUCUUAUUGGAUUUUCCUCUGGGGGAAGUGUAAUUGAACCCAUGCCCCCUUCCUCCCCAAAAAUGAAACAUACCUCUGGAGGGAGCUGGUGCCUUUAACUUGCUUUUGAUCUGAAGUCUCUCUUUCAGUCUUUUGUUUUUUAUAAGCAGAAGUAACCAGCAUUUUAAAAUUACAGCAGAAAUCUUCAAAGCUCCACCUUCCCCCAAACUCUCUCUUUUCUUUCUUUUCCCUCACACACUUUUAUCUUUAUUGCUGGUCUUUUUCUCCUACUCUAGAAUCACAGAAUAUUAGAGUUGGAAGAGACCACAUGGGCCAUCCAGUCCAACCCCCUACCAUGCAGGAAAAGCACAAUCAAAGCACUCCCAGCAGAUGGCCAUCCAGCCUCUGUUUUAAAGCCUUCAAAGAAGGAGCUUCCACCACACUCUACGGCAGAGAGUUCCACAGUUGAGCAUCUCAUACAGUCAGGAAAUUCUUCCUAAUGUUCAAGUGAAAUCUCCUUCCUGUAAUUUGAACCCAUUGCUCCGAAUCCUAGUCUCCAGGACAACAGAAAACAAGCCUGUUCCCUCUUCCUUGUGGCUUCCUUUCACAUAUUUAUACAUGGCUAUCAUGUCUCCUCUCAACCUCCUCUUCUGCAGGCUAAAAAUGCCCAGCUCUUUAAGACGCUCCUCAUAGGGCAUGGUGUCCAGACCUUUAGCUGGCCUCCUCCGGACAUCUUCCAGCUUGUCAAUAUCUCUCUUGAACUGGGGCCCCCAGAAUUGGACACAGUAUUCCAGGUGAGGUCUAACCAAAGCAGAAUAGAGAGGUACCAUAAUUUACCUCAAUCUAGACACUAUACUCCUUUUGAUGCAACCCAAAAUCCCAUUGGCAUUUUUAGCUGCUACAUCACACUGUUGGCUCAUGUUCAACGUUUUGGCCACAAAGACUCCAAGAUCUUUUUCAUAUGGACUGUUGUCAAGCCAGACAUUACCCAUUCUGUAUCUUUGCAUUUCAUGUUUGUGCCUACACUUUCUCCUUAUUGAAAUUCAUUUUGUUAGUUUUGGUCCAGUUCUCUAAUCUGUUGAGGUCAUUUUGAAUUGUCACCCUGUCUUCUGGAGUAUUAGUUAGUUAUCUCUCCCGAUUUGGUGGGAUAACUAAUACUCCAGAAGAUAUUCUAAUACUCUAGUGCUUCUCAGCCUUUGCCUGUGUACUUCCUCCUUCCCCAUUACCAAGCAUCGGAAUGUUUCCUGUUUCCUUUUCCUCUUUCAGAGGGAGUUAACUAAAAUGAAUAAAUCAUUUUUAAAAACAAAAUAACUCUGACCUGAAUGCCCCAUGGGUUUCUAUGCCCACUGUUGGUUUUGUGAGGGCUGGCUGUUACAUUUGGCAGAAUGAGGUCCCUAUGGUCUAGGUUUCACAGUCUGGGUGUUACAAUACAGACAAACAGACAGAAAGACACAUAUUGUCAUUCAUUAUUAUAGGCUUCAUGCUUCCCAACAGAAAAAUGAGUGGUGAUUAUGAUACCAUGUUGACGAAUACAGUGUUCAUAGAACAUUUGUGAUACUUGUUUAGUUUACAAACAACUCUAGGCCCAGUUGUGGGCCAUUUUAGCCACAGAAAAUGUAUGCUUGUGAGAUUAUGGAAAGUCUCAACUGCAAAUAGCACAUUAUUAGAACAUGUUUCUUGUGCUUUGCAAUAUGGUAUUCAAAUUUAAAGCCAUACAUCUUUUCCUAGUUAAUGCAGCAAAUACUGCUGGCAUUCAUACACCUAUGUUUAGGAGACCAAUGUAUGGUGGAAAGAACAGUGCUCAGAAAACAGAGCUCAGUUUGCUCAAAUUUCACCUGUGGAAAUUAUGGUAUUUUGUCAGAGAUGAGUAGCAAGAAUCAAUAAUCUUCCCAGCAUAUCCCUAUCCCCAGAAAUAAGAGCUGUGAUUUUCACAUCUUGAAUGUAUGUUCCAUCCCAUGGGAGGGCUGAUAGUAUUCAUUCAGUCACAAUAUACUUGUCUUUCAACACCACAGAUUUGUGAGGGAACACAUGACUACUCACAAGUAUUAUUUACUCAUAUAAAUACAAUUUCAAGUACAAUUUCAUUUUCUGUUCUGUCUGUUGUAGAGAGGAGGGGAUACAGCUUGUAACACAUUGGUCUUCUCGGUCAGCAUGCACCUGCACAUAGAUCACAUCCUUCACCUACGGCUGGCCCUAGGUAAUUUUCAAAUAUAAGUGAACAGAAUUUUGGCACGCCCCCCUCCCCCCCCCCCCCGAAACCAAUCACUGAAAAAUAAAAGCGUUGGAUAAGCGAAAAUGUUGGAUAAUAAGGAGGGAUUAAGGGAAAGCCUAUUAAACAUCCAGCUGCUUCACCCGGCGGGAGGCAGCCUCACUGAAAGAAGUGGUGCACACAAACAAAAAGUUGGCUUUAGGGCACUUGGAGGCACCUCAAGAGGCGCCUCAACUGUGCCCCCCAAACGAUGGCACCUGAGGCAACUGCCUAAAUUGCCUUACGAUUGAACCGCCCCUGCCUUCACCUCAUCUUCCCAACUCAUUCUGUUAUAUUUCUGCAAUACAGUACAACCCCCAUGUCCACAGAAGAUACGUUCUUGAGUCUACUGUGAAAACAUUAAACCAUGGAUCAUAGCAAAGCAUAAUGAAGUUAUUAACUUCUACCAUACAGUUGCCUUGAAGGGAUCUAAACAUUACUAGAGAAGAUACCACUUCAGAAAUUUUCUAGGUCCUCUACCGUGAGUCUAUAAUAACUUCCAGUGAUAGAAUAGAAUCUCUUGGAGGACCUAGAAAACUUCUGCAGAGGGUUUAUUUUGUUGGAUGCAGAUAGGUGAAACCAUGAGUAUGAGUCCUGGAAGUUCAUGGUUCUGGGUUAUGCUACUUCCAGAUGCUGUUCCUCUGCGUCAUUUCAAAUUAUACAUCUUAUUAAUCAGCAUCACCCCUUCGGUAUCAAAAUCUAAAGUGAUACCAUAAUCCUUCACUUUGUUUAUGCUGAGCUUCUACUGUGACUUGUUGAGCUGAAAAGGACAAAGAACCACGACAAACUCGUUCAAUAUCUUUGUGUUAAUAUUAUAUAAGGAAAUAGAUGUUCUCUCUCUGUAUAAACAUUUCUGCAGUGUAUUUAUCUGUUUUUAUUAAAAGGAAACAUGCAUUAAACUUCUUUUGGCACCCAGUACAGAAAUGCAAUUAAAAACUGAAGCUAA